GGGCAUUUAACUGUUAAGGCAGGGGGCAUUUGCUAGCCGUCGCUGUCGCUAUUGCCAAAGCACUUUUUCUGUCGCCGUCUCUGUUGCUGUUGCCAUCGCCAUUGCCGUCGCCGUCACUUGUUCCAUGGCAGGCAGCCUGAAUAGCCAAAUGUCCCUGCCCGCGGAGACAAGCUCUUCUAGACGGAGACAGAGUCGCCACUUCCGUAGGUUCGGGUGUUGACUCCACUGUGACACUUGCAAACUAUAUGCCCAGACUUGCGAAGCAAUUCUGUUCUCCUCAUCCACCAAUCACCAACCACCAAUUUAUCCACCGCGAAUCAGGCUAUUCCUUCGGCGUCCCCCGGUUGCUAUGGCAACCAGCUUGGUCCGCCGCAUGAGCUCAGUCAGUGUACCUCUAGCUUCAGAGGGCCAGAAGCUCCUGGCGAAGAUCUAUGCCCCGUUUGCCAACUUGAAGAAGGACAGCCCCGAGUACAAAGAAUUGGCCCUCUCAGGAAGGGUAUGGGAGGAAUACCAUCAACCUGCAGAUAGUCAGAGGCAGGGUUAUACAAGACUGCAGAAGGAAUGCAUCACACUGCUUCACGAGAUCGACAGUUUGAAGGAAUCCAUGAAACUACCUGUCAUAUCUGUCGCCAAGAGUCUCGUUGUCGAAUAUGCACACCAGUCAGUCCAGAUCGAAGACAACCGUCUCCGGCUCGGGGACGGCGGCAAGAUCGAUGACUUCCUCGCCUCCGACUUCCUCAAGCACUAUGACCUGUCAUCAAUGUCUGCCGGCGAACUCUCUCAAACCGACAUCCCCAAUGUCACAUUCCUCCUGCCUGCAGCCGAACCGACCCAGGUUGUAGAGCUUCGAAAUCAUAUAGUAGCAUCUCACUGGGUUGCUGCCACUGCAUCGGACAGGCAAGGCACCGCAGGUCUUAGCGAACGCGAACUUCACUACUUGUCCGCUGUUACUAUCAAGGGUACGGCAUCGGACGUUCUCUAUUCACACGGUUGGGGGAACAGAGUUGAGCUUGGUGGAUAUCGUUCGACCCCCAUCUCAGUCAGGGGCAACCCUAUGCGCAUAUUCCCUUACCAUGACGAAGUUCCCGCAUUGAUGCAGCGCUUGUUCCAGUGGCGCGAUAAGGUUCACAAUGAGAAACUGCUCCAUCCCCUCAUCGUGGCAUGCCAAGCCACUGCAUACCUGUCGCACAUUCACCCUUUCCCAGAUGGCAAUGGGUGUGUUGCCAGGAUGUUCAUGCAAGACUACGUGCUGAGACAAGGAUAUGGCCGGUGACGAUGCAAGCCUUGGAGCGCGAGGACUAUUUGGGAAUGAUCAGUGAUGCGCAGGAUGGUAAGCCGGAGGAGUUCGUGGCUCGGGUUGUUACGACACAGCUGGAUGCAAUGCGGACGUUCAAGUGGCGGGAGAUGGAACAGAAGGGCCGGCCAUGAUGUUGCUCAGACUAGACAGCGUUUGCCCGUCUGCACAUAGUUAUCCAGUCUCCAAUCAUUUUGGACAGGGUUCUGCGCUGGUAUGUUU